AUGUCGUAUCCUGACGAGAGGUCUGAUUCCGAAUGGCAAGCCGUUCUCAACAAAGAGCAAUUCCGCAUCCUGCGAGAAAAGGGGACCGAGCCUCCAGGUUCUGGCAAGUUCGACAAACAUUACCCGGAGGAGGGCGUCUACACUUGUGCUGGAUGCCACAAGCCGCUCUACAAGGCCAAUCACAAAUUCAAGUCUGGCUGCGGAUGGCCGGCCUACUUUGACAGCAUCCCGGGCGCGGUCACGAGACAUGAGGAUCGAACGCUAGGCAUGACCAGGACCGAAAUCGUCUGCUCCAACUGCGGUGGCCACCUUGGUCAUGUUUUCAAGGGCGAGGGAUACCCCACGCCGACGGAUGAGCGGCACUGUGUCAACAGCGUCAGUCUCAACUUUUCAGCCGACGACAAGACUGUAGAGAGCGGCUCCAAGGAGAGCAAGGCCUAA